GAAGGCUAUUAGCUCCUCCCUUCUUCCCCUUCUCUUCUGUCUUCUCUCUCAAUUUUAUUCUCUCAAACAUAUUUUCUCAGCAAAAAUCUUAUCUCUUCUGCGUCUCCUUGCUUUUUGUCUCAUCCCGUACGGAUCGACUCGGCUGGAUUUUAGUUACUCUGCGGCAAUUUCCGGUCGGCAUUUGCCUCGCCCGAUACCAGGGCUUAAUCUGUAGCUGCGUAACGGCACUGUUUCCCCUUUUUAAUCUAUUUCCCGGCGAUCUUUCACAGGUUGCCCGAUCCGAAAGUUCUCUAAUUUGAGAUGAUCUUUGAGGGGUUAUUUGGUGGUUGAAGAAAAAUUCUUUGAUUGAAUUCGUCUUUGUGUUAUUUUCAAUCUCUAUCUGUUUUUCAAAUUUAAAGACGAUGGAGCAAGGUAAUAGCGGGGAUUUCCCGCCGAAAAAGCUCCAGUCGGUUACAACAACGGGAACGACUACGGCGACCUCGGAUUUCCCGCCGAAAAAGCUCGCGAGGCAGCUGGAUUUCACGGCUUUCUGCAGUGUAUCGACGGCUGUCGUCUUGCCGGAGCAUUCACAGCCGCAGCCACAGCCACAAUUACAGUUACAUCCACAUCCACAACCACAACCACAUAUACAUCAACAGCCACAGCCGCAGUCGCAACCGAAAACACAGCAGCAGCCACAGCAACACUCACUGCCGCCGCCGCAGCCUCAACCUCCGCAUCCUCGUCCUUCGUUGCCCGUGGUAAAGCCAGAAUCCCCAAGGUCGCGCCUGAGGCCUGGCUUUGAAGUAAAAGAUGGCACUCCAAAGAAACAAAAGCAAUGCAAUUGCAAACACUCACGUUGUUUGAAGUUGUACUGUGAGUGCUUUGCUUCUGGAAUUUACUGUGAUGGGUGCAAUUGUGCAAAUUGUUAUAAUAAUGUUGAGAAUGAGGCUGCUAGACAGGAGGCUGUUGAAGUUACUUUAGAGCGAAAUCCAAAUGCAUUCCGACCAAAGAUUGCUAGCAGUCCACAUGGAACUAGAGAUAAUAGGGAGGAUACAGGGGAGGUUCCAAUGGUGGGAAAGCACAACAAAGGAUGCCAUUGCAAGAAAUCUGGAUGCCUUAAGAAGUAUUGUGAGUGCUUUCAGGCCAACAUUCUCUGCUCUGAAAAUUGUAAAUGUUUGGAUUGCAAAAACUUUGAAGGCAGUGAAGAGAGACGGGCUCUGUUUCAUGGAGAUCAUGGAAAUGCUAUGGCCUACAUCCAGCAGGCAGCCAAUGCUGCCAUUACUGGUGCUAUAGGAUCUUCUGGUUAUGGAUCACCUCCAACGUCCAAGAAGAGAAAAAAUCCAGAACUUUUAUUCUGCAACACAGCCAAGGACCUAUCUGUUCACAGGCUUGCACAAUUCCCUCAGGGAAAUCAUCUAAAGGCUUCCACAUCUUCUCCCUUGUCUUCUGUCCCUGUUCCUCGUGUUGUUAACCCUGCAACAUUGGGCUCUUCAAAAUCUGCAUACAGGUCUCUGCUAGCAGACAUUGUGCAACCAGAGGAUGUGAAGGAGCUUUGUGCACUUUUAGUAGUAGUAGCAGGAGAAGCUGCUAAGACACUUUCAGACAAGAGCAGUAUAACAGAGAUGCAAGCAGAGAGAGAAGAGCAGCUGGACAGUUCCCUUGCUUCUUCAACUCAAGACAAGGACAGUCAGAAAGAACCUGAACCUCAUAAAGCUGUGGCUGAUGAUCGCUCAAGUGGUACCCAAGCUGAUAAAAUGGGAACAGAUGAUUCUGGGUCAGAUGGUGCAGACAUGCAGAAAGGACGACCAAUGUCCCCUGGGACGCUUGCACUGAUGUGCGAUGAGCAAGACUCAAUGUUCACGACUGCUCCAUCACCCAAUGGGGCAAUUUCCCAUGGGCGCAACACACCUUUGCGGUCACCCUUUGGGCCGGGCAUGACUGAGGUGUAUGCAGAGCAGGAAAGGCUUAUAUUGACAGGGUUCCGGGAUUAUCUUCGAAGGCUCACUGCUUGUGCAAGCAUUAAAGAAACAAAUUGUUCUUCAUUGGCCAGAACAACCGAGGCUGGUUGUCCACAGGAAUCUGUUGCCAAUGGCACUGUGAAAAUUCCUGUUUCAGCCAAUGCUGACACCCAACAGUUGAGUGCAGCUACCGGUGUAAAAAUUCUUGCCCCACCCAAUGCUCAGACAUUCCAGACAACAGGUCCUGUCAACUGCAAUUCCAAUAACACUGUGACAACACACCAGGCAGUUAGUGCCGUCACCACUUCUAAUAACGGUGUGCUGCCAAGGGAUAGACAGCCCUCUGAAAAUGGCGAUGUAAAGCCAAAGAUCGAAAAAGAGGAUACUUAAAAAAGAUGGGUAAGCAAGAGGACAGACUACAAAGAAGGGGGUGGCCCUAAGCAUGUUAUUACAUCUUUGUAAUACUUGGCCAAGCCGCCAAUAUUCAAUUCAGCUGCCACUGAUUUUGAGCCUCAUUGUUAGAACGCCGUGGUUGAAGAAUCAAUCACGAUCAGGUCCAUUUUUUUUUUCAUUAAUAUAUAUUUUAUUUCUACAUAGUUCUUUUUGCCUCAUCUGCGGUGCAUCUUGGUGCGUGGUAGCUUUUUCUUUUUUCUAUUAUUUAUUUGUCCAAUUUUGUUAAGCCAGAGGCUUAUUUUACGGGGAGGUGAUUUUACUUGACCCUCAUUGUGAAAGGUGGAAUGUUUUCCUUGGCGGUGAAUGUUUCCUUUGUGUGGGCAGUAGAUCUCCAGAUAAAUAAAAUCUUUACUGUGUUGAUCACUUGA